CAAGCAGAAAUAUGUCUUAACGUACAUUAUGACGAAAUCGAGAAACGACGUCACAAGUUGCAGGUGCGAUUUCAAAAUGGCGACGCCCAUGCUUUGACAUGUUUACAAUUUAAUAUUUGACAUGGAUACGUUUGAGGAUUUAGAAGAUUUACUUGAAGUGUUUGGAUUGGGAAGUAAAUCUAGUACAUCAAAUAGCCAAUGUACACAGGAACUUGCAGAAGCUGGAACUACAAAUGAUGAUGCUGAUGAUGAAAUGUCCGUGGAAAACCUGGUGGAAAACUUCAUGGCAGCUAGUGUUCAAACCGAUACAGCUGGCGAUGAACACAACGAUGAUACACAUCUAAACCAAAUAGAUGAGUUUGACGAAGAUGAUCCCCAAAGAGAUCUCGCAACUAUCAAACAUAAACUUCAAGAGGGGUGUGGCUGUAAACUUUGUUGUUUCAAAGGUGUUACAGUAGGAGUUGUUCUAGACAAUAUUCUUAGAAUGAGAGAGAUGUCAAAAGACAAUAAAGAGUUAUUUGUCAUGGGAAACUUGCGUGAAAAACUUGGUACUGACCGGUGCAAGGAGGGAGAACGACAACGAGUGCGCUUUGAAUACAAUUUCCAAGGAAAGACGGUUUGCCAGAAAGCAUUUUGUUUGAUAUAUGACAUGGGGAAAAGCACUGUGAAGCGUAUUCAGAAACACAUUUCCACAAAGGGUGUAGGACCGCGGGUUCAUGGUCUAGUAGGAAGAAGACCGUCAAAUGCAUUUUCCUCUGACGUCAUCAAAGAUGCAGUGCAGUACUUAAUAAACUAUGCAAUCGAAGAGGGACUUCCACAGCCAGCACCACCAAGAGGCCGAGAUGAUACACCGCCCAUUUAUCUACCUGCAUCAAAAACUAAGAUCAUGAUUCAUCAAGAAUAUAUGGAAGCUUGUGUACAAAGUGGUAAGGUUCACGUUGGAAGGUAAACAUUU